AUGUUACCGUAUUACAUCUCCUUGUUCUUCUUCAUCCUCAAACAUCCAUCUCUCAAAGUGACACGCACACAAAGGCUUGAGAGAGAAGCCAAACCCACCGCCGAUAUCACGGGGGAUAAAGUGAACACCCCGCACAGCACACACUGUCCCUGGGCCCCUGCGCUCCCCGGGCCCCUGCGCUCCCCGGGCCCCUGCGCUCCCUGGGCCCCUGCGCUCCCUCUGCCCCUGUGGUCCCUGGGCCCCUGCGGUCCUUGUGGUCCGUGGGAUCCUGUGGUCCCUGGGCCCUUGCGGUCCCUGGGCCCCUGCCGUCCCUGGGCCCCUGCCGUCCCUGGGCCCCUGCCGUCCCUGGGCCCCUGCCGUCCCUCGGCCCCUGCGGUCUAUGCACAAGUGACUCAGGCGGCUCAAGUUCACAGCCUCACGCUCUCUGCAGGAAGUGAGGACGACCAGUGCUUUGUGUCCAAAUACAGCGGUGGAUCAGGUCGUUUGCCCACGCCAGCUCAGAGCCGCAGCAGGUGGGGGAGACGGAGUGUGACUUCCUGCCGCCAUAGGUCACGGCCCCUGCUGACGUGUCCUUGA